AGAUUUCAAAACCCUUUAUCCGUGGGACUAUUUUGUUCUUUCCCUCUCUCCCUGCUAAAGCCGCGUUCGCGGGUUUUAUGGGAGGUUUCCGAAGCACACCCAAGGGUUCUUCCUUCUACUUCAGAGAUCGUUUUGCGGCCUCUUCAUCUUCUCUUCCCCGUUCAUCUUUCUCAGCCUAUUCAAGAUUUGAUUCUACUUAUUCUCUCUCUUUCUCUCCUUCUCCCUUUCCUUUCUUUUUGUGGUUUCCAUUUUUCAAUCCGUUUUGUUCUUCUCCGUUCGGAGAUGGUCUCCGGUUCGCGGUUCGACGGUGGAACUCAAAGCAUCUCUGCUCGCGUCCAGAAAACCAUCGAAUCAAUCAAAGAAAUUGUUGGGAAUCACUCUGACGCCGAUAUCUAUAUCAUGCUCAAGGAAACCAACAUGGACCCUAACGAGACGGCGCAGAAAUUGUUAAAUCAAGAUCCGUUUCAUGAGGUGAAGAGGAAAAGAGACAAGAAGAAAGAGAACACAGGUUAUGGGAGUUCUGUAGAGCCAAUAAAACAUACUGUUCAUGUUGAUCAAGGGAUGAAGUCCCAGACAUUUUUUGAUCAUAAUAUUCGUAGGGGAAGCUACAGUCGGAAUUCUGGGCCUGAUGCAGGAGUUAGCCGAGAGUUCCGUAUUGUGAGAGACAAUAGAGUGAACCAAAAUACAAACCGGGAAAUAAAGCCUGAAUCGUUUCAGUGGACAACUUCCACUAAUGAGAAAAUGACCCCAGCUGCUUCGGGAAAGAGUUCAACUGUGAUUGUGACAGAUCAGAAGCCCUCAGGUGCUAAAAACUCCGAGUGGCAGAAACCAUCUCAAGUUUUAAAUGGGCCGUCUGAUUUGGGCCCGAGACAUGCUCAAGUUGCUAAUUCAAAUGGCACUCUGAGGAAGGAAUUUUCUGGUGACGCACGUUCAACAAUCUCAAACUCAGCAUCACGUGUGCAGGGACCCAGGACACAUGAUUCUCAAACUUACUCUGCAACGCUAGCAUCAAACAACCCUGUAGUUGGAGUUUAUUCCUCCUCUACAGACCCUGUUCAUGUGCCUUCUCCAGACUCCAGAUCUUCUGUUACUGUUGGGGCCAUCAGACGUGAAGUUGGGGUGGUUGGUGUUCGCAAACAGCCUUCUGAAAAUUCUGUUAAAUCAUCUGGCACAAGCAAUUCUUUCUCGACUCCGGUUUUGGGAAAGGAUUUUCCUGCAUCAACAGAAUCAUUUCAACCCUCUGCUGUUAGUCAGUCAAGUGCUCCUGAAUCUGUUAUGUCUAGCGUGGCUGUUAGCAGAUCUUUCGUGAGCAACCAGUAUCAUAGUAAACCACAUCAGCAAGUUGUUGGUCAUCAAAAAGCUCCCCAGACAAAUAUGGAAUGGAAACCAAAGUCCUUUCAAAAGUCUAGUCCUGGAGUAAUUGGAAGUGCUGCUUCUAUUUCACCUCCUGCCGACAAUUCGUCCGAGUUGAAAUCAGAAGCAGCACACUUGCAGGACAAGCUAUCGCGAGUUAACAUUUUUGAUAAUCAGCAUGUAGUUAUACCAUCACAUCUUCGUGUUCCUGAGGCUGACCGUAUGCAGCUGACCUUUGGCAGCUUUGGAGCAGGCUUUGAUUCUACAAGGGACUUUGUAUCUGGGUUCAAAGCAGUUGGGAGUGUAGAAGAAUCAAAUGGGGAACCUUCAGUGAGUGCAUCAUCAUCAGUCCUCGAGGCCUCCAGUGAAGAUGUUUCUGGUGGAAACCAGAUAGAGUUAGUGGAUGACCAAGUUAAUUCUAUCUCUGAUUAUCCAGCAUCAGUUGCAGCUUUUGAGCAGCCAUUGCCUGACAAGAAAGAGUCUUCAAGUCCCCCAACUUUGGAGAGCUAUGAAGAUAUUGGACUGGUUCACAAUGUUAGCCCACCUUUUGCCUGUGCUGAACAACAGCAGCAGCAAGAUCCUUCUGGAUUGCCAAGUUUUUCGGCAUAUGAUCCGCAGACUGGUUAUGAUGUACCAUUUUUUAGACCGGGUACGGAUGAGAAUGUACGGGGGCAGGGUUUACCAUCUCCUCAUGAGGCCUUGAGUUCGCACACAGCCAACAGUAUCCCUGCAUCCACUGUGGCAAUGGUCCAACAGCAACCAGUGACGCAGCUGUAUCCCCAAGUUCAUGUCUCCCAUUUUCCAAAUUUUAUGCCAUACCGUCCGUUCCUUUCUCCGGUGUAUGUUCCACCAAUGGCUGUGCCUGGUUAUUCUAGUAAUGCUGCCUAUCCUCCUCACCCCUCAAAUGGCAGCAGCUACCUGCUGAUGCCAGGAGGGAGCUCACAUCUCACUGCCGGUGGCCUGAAAUAUGGUUCCCAGCAAUAUAAGCCUGUCCCUGCUGGCAGUGCCACAACAUUUGGAAACUACGCAAAUCUUGCUGGAUAUGCUGUCAAUGCUCCUGGAGCAGCCGGGAGUGCAACUGGACUAGAUGAUUCGACCAGGAUCAAAUACAAGGAAGGCAAUCUCUAUGUUCCAAACCCGCAGGCGGAGACAUCUGAAAUGUGGAUUCAGACCCCUAGAGAUCAUCCUGGCUUGCAGUCAACUCCAUAUUAUAAUGUACCUGGACAAGUGCCCCAUGCUACAUACUUGCCCUCCCACACAGGCCAUGCUUCUUUCAAUGCUGCUGCAGCACAAUCAACACAUUUGCAAUUCCCUGGCUUGUAUCAUCCUCCGCAACCUACUGCGAUUGCCAAUCCUCACCACAUGGUCCCAGGCAUGGGCGGCAAUGUGGGAGUUGGGAUGGCUGCACCCACUCCAGGGGCUCAAGUGGGAGCAUAUCAGCAACCUCAGCUUAGUCACCUCAACUGGACCACAAAUUUCUGAGGAGGUGGCCGUCGGAUCCCCCAUUAAUAAGGGAUUGAUGUUAGUUAUGGGAGUUCGUUUUACUUCUCUUUGUGAAAUUAAAUGGACUUCCUAUUUAAUGCAUCGCAAGUUUCGUAU